AUGGCGGCUGCCAUGGCGACGCGGUGUGAGCCGAUGGCGGCCCUGAGGCGGCUCUUCUGCCUCGGCGGCGUCCGCGCCUACAACGCCCGGCAGCUGCGGCUCCACCUGGGCGGCGUGCGCCUGCCGGACCCCGCGGACCCCCGGACGCCGGCGUGGAAGCUGGAGCCCGCCUACGAGGCCAAGCUGUACGGGCGCUACGGGGCCGCCUCCCUCGUGGACCCGGCCCGGCUCUGGCCCAGCCCCCCGCAGCGGGCCCUCCUGCAGGCCGACGAGGCCGCGCUCUGCCCCGCGCUCGCCCACACGCUGGCCGCCCUCCGCGCCGCCCGCAGGGAGGAGGCGCGGCGCCGAAGGGAGAGAGAGGAAUUAAUCGCUGCCCGGAUGGCUAAGAUGCCCCAGAUGAUCGCUGACUGGCGCCGGGAAAAGGAGGAGCGCAAGGCCAAGGAGGAGCAAGAGAAGGAGAGGCGGCAGCAGCUGCUGGCCGAGGCCCGGGAGCGCCUGGGCUACAACGUGGAUCACCGCAGCCCCGAGUUCCAGGAGAUGAUGCAGGAGAUGGAGAAGGCUAGGCGGAAGGAGCUGAAGCUGCAGAAGAAGCAGCGCAGAGAGCAGGCCGUGGCCAAAAAGGCAGAGGACGUGGCGGCGGCGGCUGCUGCUUCUCAGCUAGCGAAAGAGGGGGAGGCGGAAGCAGCAGCCUCCCCCUGCCAGGACACAUAACAUGCUGAUGGCAGAGGCUCUUCCAAACUGAACACGCCCCCCCCCCCCCCGGUGGCACAUGGGGAUCCUCGGGGCUCCCACAAACCCAGCUCAUCCCUUUCGACUUAUUUGACAGCGCUGCAGGUCCUGAUUCCAGAGACCAGUGCGAGUGUAGCUCUCAUGGUGGCGUGGAAGAAGAGGACUGUGGUCUUCAUGUGUAUGAAAUCCUGAAAAACUAGAGCUCAUACAGAAGCUAGGCUCUGCUCAGUGGACUGACCAGGUGAAUAAAACCACAAAAGCCUAAACAAAACAAACAAAAAAGAAAAA